AUGACCAGUACGCCGCCUGCAAACAGGCAUCGGCCACUCCCCUUCGAAGAGGAUUUUUUACCCAAACAACACCCCAAGGUGGCCCACCUCGCCUCGGAUCUUGCACCAGACUCGCUCGAAUCAUCCGCCAUCACCACGCCCGCCUCCGAAAUCAUGCCAUCCUCCGAGCUUCCAUCAACCCCGCUUGAUGGACGCAGCACACCCGAAUCCGAGGGCGAACCCUCUGUGGCCACCUCCACCGUCACCACCACUAUUUCCACCACCCAAGGUACCGGCAGCUCCACCGUCGAAUUCCGACACAUCGGCGCGAAAGGGCUAUCGCAUAGAGUCGGCAAGAAUGGCGCCAUCCACCUCGAACCCGUCGCUGCCUCCUCCAAAGCUCGCAAAAAGAUGCGUGCGGUGGUGAGCUUCAGACCUCGACAAAGUCACUUUGACCGAUUCAACGAAACCUCUUCGCGCGACCAGUUUCGUGGUUUCUUUACUCUCUUUUGGGUUUGUCUGGCGCUGUUCGUGCUCAACACUUCCUACACGAGCUUUGCUAGCACCGGUCAAGUGUUGAGUUUGACGUUUGCAACACUCUUCAGCAAAGACGCUUGGAUGCUGGCGCUGUCGGAUGGCGUCUUGAUCGCGUCCUUGUUUAUUUGCGUGCCGUUUGCCAAGGUGUGCAGGAGUGGUUGGGUGAGGUAUUGGCCGACGGCCGUGGUGUUUCAACACCUCUGGCAGGCGGCGUUGUUGGGCGCCGUGAUCAAGUGGGCCAGAUAUAGAGAAUGGCCUUGGGUUCAGAGUGGCUUUUUCGUGUUGCAUACCUUGGCGAUGCUCAUGAAGAUUCACUCAUACAUGAACGUGAACGGCAACAUGGCGGACACGUAUCAUCGAAUGCGAAGGGUCGAAGCUAUGCUUGAGGAACGCGUUGCCGAAGUCGAAGGCAGCGAAGCAGGACGGGGCGAAGAGCAGCUUCGUGCAGCCUGGGCUACAGCCGUUCGCCAUGCAAGACAGAGCGGUGGAUUCGCCGAUCUGGAUGCUAGUAAGGAUGUGGCGCGGUCGUUGGCACAGUGGUCAUCGCUUGAUACACAGCGUGGGAGCGAUUCGAGACGACCUCGCGCAGGUCAGUCACUCAAUGCGACCAACUGUGGAGAAGACGGAGAGUCCAAGCUCGAGUUCAAGCACCAACACAACGAGAAGGUUCAGGAAUCCACAAUGGGCCAAAAGAGGCUCAGCAAACAAGAACACAUCGAGCUUCACAAGAAUCUCGCCGAACAGGAAAAGUCCGAGCGAUCCACCGCUCAGUCUUCUCACCAACAAAACGGCCAAAAUAUCACCAACCAACCCUCACCGCUCGGACGCAAGCCAUCUACAUCACGCCACCUUUUUGACUCGCAGCACACCAUUCGCGAUCCACACCCUCUCUCGUCCCACCCAGACACGCUUAUCUCUGACCUAGCACGCGAAGUCGAGGUUCUUCGUGAGGACUUGCUCUCCGCUCGAUCGCCAUCCGAACCUUCCUCCACCGAGCUGAUUCCGCAAGACCCUGUCAUGUGGCCUGGCAACAUCAGCUACGCCAACUUCUGGGACUAUCUUUUGGUCCCCACCCUCGUCUAUGAACUCUCCUACCCACGCUUGAAGACGAUCCGCCCGCUCUACGUGCUCGAAAAAACUCUGGCAACAUUCGGCACGUUCCUCGUCAUCUACGUCAUCACCGAGCACUGGAUCAUGCCUUUCACUCCGACCGCUGAUACACCUUUCCUCCGCACCUUCCUGCAACUCGCGGUGCCUAUGAUGAUCAACUACCUGCUCAUCUUCUACAUCAUGUUUGAAUGCAUCUGCAACGCUUUUGCCGAGCUGACCCGCUUCGCCGACCGUGAGUUCUACUUGGACUGGUGGAACGCAACCAGCAUGGAUGUCUUCUCGAGAAAGUGGAACAAACCCGUCCAUUCAUUCUUGCUCCGACAUGUCUACGCCAGCACCAUUGCAGCUUGGGGUCUCAGUAAAAGCAUGGCCAUGUUUCUGACUUUCCUGCUCAGCUCGUUGGUGCACGAGUUGGUCAUGGCCAUCGUCAGUGGCAAGAUCCGGUUCUAUCUGUUUGCCGCUCAGAUGGUUCAGUUACCGCUGAUCUUUCUGAGUCAGGUUCCAUUCAUCAAGCAAAACGAAACGUUGGGGAAUAUGAUCUUCUGGAUCGGGUUGAUGGCUGGCUUCCCAUUGCUAAAUAUCGGCUAUCUUGUCUAUUGA